GGGAGUUUACUUUUUUAUUAUCAAAAUGAAAGCAUGACAUGACUACCUUUUGGUGAAUUAUAAAAUACAAUACAAUGUCGGGAAAUAAAAAAAAUAUCGUUCCUUGUAUUGCAUGGGUAAAGCAGGGAUGCGCCAAACAAAAUCCAGAUAAGGUAUGAUAAUAAAAAGUUUUAGUAUAUUUAAGUAUAUUAAGACAGUUUUUUAAAAAUAGUUACAGCUGUUUUUUUUUGCCAUUUAUUUUAAGACUCGGCUGCCAGUUAUCGAUGAUUAUAGUAAUAGUAAAUUGAUGAUUUCGAUAGGCCUAUUGAUGCCUAUAUUAAUAAAUGAUCUGUUUGAAAUCAGCUCUAGCGCUUACCCUUAGAAUUUAGAAGACCCUGUGUCAUUGAACUUUCUGACUUUUCCUAUCCCGUAUUCCUUUGCCUUUACUAUACUCUAUUACCGUGGCCGUGACCAGUGUGGGUGUGAUGGUGAUGGUGCCUUCAUUCUGUUAUUAUUCUCAUACCUGAUACUGUCACUCUUAUUGAUAUUGCUACAGACUACAGAUCCAAGGACAAUGGCCAUGUCUUACAUUUAUGUUUAAAUUUUAAAAAUUAUGUUAUUGUUUAACAACUUUUUCCUAGAAGAAAUAGAGUAUACCUUAAAAAUUAUUAAAAGUAUUAGUCAAUGUCAGUAUUAUAUAUAAUUAAUAAGUUAAGUAUAUUUUAAAUCACACUCUGUCACAGCUCACUUGCACAUAUUAAUUUUUAAUCUGUGACUGUUAGAUUAAUUUUAAAUUUCAUUAUUCCUAGAUCACACUAGAAAAAGAGGAACUCAAAAGAAUCAUACAGGAAACCCAAGAGUGAGUAAUUCUUUUGACUAUUAGAAAAUGUUCUCUGUGUAUUAUAAAUAGGUGUUAUAAUUUAUAGGCCUACACUACAGCCUACUUGUUCUAAUUCUAAAGUCUAAAGCCUGUUCAUAUAUAAGCGCCCUCCCCCCCCUCCCCACAAUUUCCUUUAGUUUUCUGAUUCUGAUAGACUACGUUGAUGCAACCAAGUACUGGCAUAUGUGCAACGGUUUCGGAAACGUUGCAGCUAGCCUAACCGCUCCUAGCGGGUACCAGGGCAGCCUUUAAACUCUUUAGUGAUUUCAAGUCCACGGCAGCAUUGUUCAGUUGGUUCCAAGCAAUCACUAUUCGUGGGAAGAAUGAUUGUUUAUAUUAAACUGUGUUACAUUGAGGCACAGUGAAGCAUUUAUCAUUGUUCCGGAUGUAACUUCUCAUGGAGUUGUCAGAGGUGAAGUCAGUGUUUAUUGAGUAUUUGGGUCUGAUUAAGCGACCUGGCUUCUGCUGGGUUAUAUACAUGUUAGCUGGAAUGGCCAGCACUAGCCCAGUGACCACUUUAUAGAGAAAUGUUAGAUGGAGCUUUUCUCGUCUGUCUUUGAGGGAGGGGAUGUCAAAUCUUAUUAAGAGGUCAGUGACAAAGCCAGGAGUGGUGGUUUUGAAGUCACUUGCGAUGAAGAACACUGCAUUGCGUUGUAUUCACUCCAUUUUGUCCACAUCUUGCUUUAGGUAUGGGUCCCACAUUAUCGCACCAUAUUCUAGUAGCGGACGGACGAGUGAGGGAUAGGCAUUUCGUUUGCAGGAUGUUGGGCAGUGGCGCAGAUUUCUUCGAAUGAAACAAGUGUGGAGUUGGUUUUUUUUUUAAAUUUUGUUUUUAUGGGGUGACCAUUUUAGAAUUCCAAGGUAUGGAUUAUUUGGAGAAUGGUCUUGUUUAGAGAGUACAUAUAGGUUGAUGUUUUUUUUCUUGAGAUGCUCAUUGUGUAGCAUUUGGUUUAGAUAAAUUUCAUGCCCCAUUUGUCCACCCAUUUCAUAAGGCACUUCAAAUCUGCUUCAAGGUGGUUGUGGUCAUCAUAAUUUUGGUUGGGAAAAGCCUGAAAAGUGUAUAACCCGCUUAAAAGCAGACCCCAGGCAUUAAAUAAUAUUCUAGUUUAAGCAAAAGAGUACUAAAGAAUUAAUUGUUGUUUACCUCCAGACUUAUUAAAGUAAAUUAUUAUUGUGUAACUAAAAACACACUAAAACCAAUAAACAAAGCAGUGUAAUUUAUAAUACAGCUUUGCAUGUUUAACCAUAGUUGAACUUUUCUAAAAAUAGGCGAUUGCUGCAUGGAAAAAAAUAUGUGGUACCUUGUAUUUCCUUGUGUUUUCUGCUAUAUAUAAUCAAUAAAAAAAUUUCAUAAGUGCAGAUUGCAUUAUUAAAUUAUAUGUAGUCAUGUAAUGUAACAAAUAUAGGUCGGGUUAGGGAGUUUUACAAAAACCUUUUGAAAAUAAGAGUUGUUCUAUUAUAAAAACCGAUUGCAACUGCUACUAUGAUUUUAUAAAAUAUACUCUGAAUUUCAUUAUUCCAUGAAGUAAUUGAAUUUCAUUAUUCCAUGAAGUACUCAGAUAUUUUAGUCAACCACGGCAGCUGAAAAUGAGGACAAAACUUGUGACCCAAUUUUUCUCAGGAAUAUAAAGUGAUUUCAGUUUUUUCAAAAAAAUUUUCUGUAAUAGAAUCAAUGUACCUAGAGAAAAUAUUAUGAAAAUCUCCUGUGACCUGCUCAUAAUUUGACCACCCCACUUAUUUCAAAGUGCUAAGGAUUAAUUUCAGGAAUUUGAUUAUGAUAAUCUGUUUAACAUCAAUAUAUUUUCAAUAAACAAUUUUAAAUUUCAUUUUUUAGGAAGCUGAUUGAUGAUGAAAAUGCAUCCAAUGAUGAUGCUGAAAGUGAGGAUGAUGAAGAAAAGGAAUUUUCAGCUGCUAUAAAGAAGGCAACAAAAAUGGCUGCUAGCAUAAAAAAUAAAUCCCAAGACAGACCUGUCAAAAAAAGGAAGCAUAGUGAUGAAAAUGGUCAGGAAGAUGAAGACAUAGCAGCUAAAUAUGGAUUAGAUGACUAUGAUGAUGAUGACAUGUGUAGGUUUACAAUUUCUUUCAUGCUUGUUCACUUUCAUAACAACAAAAAACUUCGAUUUUUGAAUAUCAUGAUGGGAAAAAUCUGUAUUUAAUAUUAAUGCACCAUCUUUCAUUUUUUAACUUAAAGGCUUGAAAUUUGCACUUUAUCUUAGCUUGUUUUAAACAAAUAUAAGAGAUGUUUAAAAAAUUAAUAAAAUUUGCCAUUUUUAACAUAAAGACUCAUUAUUUUACCUAAUUGUUUGAAUCUUAUUAAUUUAUUUUAUCCAAAUCUUUAUGGAAAGCUACUGAUUAUUUACAUGGAAUUGGAGGACUAACACCAUUUGCAUCAAAUGAAGAAGACCCCUACAUCACACUAAAAAAUGAUGUAAGUAGCAUUGUAAAAUUAAGUCAUCCUUAAUGAACCUAACAAUGAUAAUUUCAUACUUACAUAUUGUAAAAUAAUGUUGUGUCUCUGAAUUAGCUCUGUUAAUUAUAUCUGUCAUAAUUACAAAGGUGUGUUAAAUGUCCAUUAGUUUAGUGUUCUUACGCAGAUACUUUAUUAGUAAAUUUAAAAUUUAUUUCCUGUUUAGGUUGACAGUGAUGAUGAGGAUUUUAUUCUUAAACCUUCUGACAAUCUCAUUGCCUUAGGCAGAAUAACGGAGGAGGCAGCUGUACUGGAAGUACACAGUAAGACUUUUUGAAUGAAAUAAAUGUCCAUUUGUAAAUUUUGUUGCUCUUUUUUAUUUUUUAACUAGAAAUCAAUAUUUGUAAUAAAAUUUUUACUUCAUGGUCAAUUGUUAAGUUUUUUUAAUAAUACAUUAUAUUAUUUUAAAUUAUAAAAGCCUUAAGAUGUCUGCUAAUAGAUGAGAGUUUGUUAAUAAAAAUAACAACAUAAUUAGUAGCAAACUGUUAAUCAUUCCAAUUUCAGUUUACAAUGGAGACCUGAAUAAUCUUUUUAUUCAUCACGAUUACAUUCUCCCGACAUUCCCACUUGUACUUGAGUGGUUGGAUUAUGACGUGGCUGAUGCCACUAAGGGUAAGUGAAGCCUUAUUUUUCAUGUUGACAUUUUUGUUUUUUCUUCUUAUUUUUAACUAUUCUAAAAUUAAUAGAUUUAUAUAUUUGUUAAAUAAGGAUUAGUAUUUAUAUCCCAGCUAUUGGUAAACCAUACAGUAUUAUCUGAUCAGCUCUCGCUUGUAGGAUAAACAAGAUUAGUGCUUAGCUGGUGACUUAGAAAUGCCAUAUCUGUACUGAUAUGCAGAGACCCAACUGUUCAAAAAGGCAGCUUUCCCUUGGAAGCUUUAUGUUUAGCAUAAAACAUAAAUCAUAAUGUUAAGAAUGACGUUCUCCUUAAUAGAUACAUAAAAUUCGAAGUUUUGAAAAUAAAUAUCAGCAGUCUUUUUAACUAUCUGAAAAUUACAGAAGUUAAAUUUAAAAUCCACUAUAACAAUAUAGCAUGCUAUAUAAAUCAUGCCAAUAAGUCCGAACAAUAUCUUGAACUGAUUAAUUUUCAUUGCAAAAUUUAAAAUGAUAUACUGAUAUACUAGCUUUUUCAAUCUUUAGUUCUUGACUAUUUACCUGAAUUUCCUCAGGAAAUUUUGUUGCAAUGGGAACCAUGGAGCCAGACAUUGGAAUCUGGGACCUGGAUGUUGUUGACUCCUUGGAACCAGUUGCAGUUUUAGGAGGGAAAAGGAAACAAAGCAAAAAGAAAAAAAUGAAAAAGGUAAAAAUUUACUGUACUAUUUCUCCUCAACUAAAUAUUUUGUUUUUUAGUUAGAUUUCAAACACAUAAUACAUAAUAAGCAAGAGUCAAGAUUUUAACUAGCAAAUGAUGAAAAUAUGUUUACAAUUUUUUACAAUCUUCUCAACAGAAAGAAGUGUUGGCUGAAGGUCACAGCGACUCAGUUUUGGAUCUUUCAUGGAAUAAAAAUGUUAGGUCAGCAGUCUUAAUAAUAUGAAAACAGAACCAAGCAGUUUUGUGCAGCGUUUUUUUCUGAUUAUCUAAUUUUAGAAAUUAAUUAUCUAUAUAUCAAUUUUUAUUUUGUGUCUAAAAUAGCCUCAAAAUCCUUAAGGAAAUUGUAUAAUAUGCAUACAAUUAUUUUAUUAAGUGCUUGAUAUACAGAUAACAAUCGGAAGGACAUAAAAAGAAGAAGUUUAGAAACAGUUCAGGGUAAACAUCUUGUGGGAGUCCUAUUUUAACUGUACAGUGUAUUAUUCAUUUUAGGAAUGUAUUAGCUAGUGCAUCUGCUGACAAAACUGUGUGUUUGUGGGACUUAUCUGAAGGAAAGGUGGUCUCAACAUUGAAACAUCAUGAUCAGCAGGUCAGUAGAAUUAUUUUCUGUAAGCUACCAGAGCCACUUAAAAAAAAAAUUAACUCAUUAAUAAUCACCAACUAAAUCAUUUAAAAACUUGAGUCUCAUCUCACUAUAGACCAUCAGUAUGGAAAUCAUUUUAGCCUGAUCAUAUUGUUUAAAAUUAUGUUUCUAUUUGUUUAUCUCAGGUUCAGUGUGUUAGCUGGCACCCAGUCGAGCCACAGUCUCUUCUGACUGGGUCUUUUGAUAAGUAAAACAUUUUUAUCACAUGGUCUUUUGAUAGUUAAACAUUAUAAAUGUUUGUUCUUUAAUUUUGCCAUGGGUCUUUUGAUAAGUAAAACAUUUUUAUUACUUGGUCUUUUGAUAAGUAAAACAUUUUAAAUAUUUUUUCUUGAAUUUUGCCAUGCUUCAAUUAUUUUUAAUUACUUUCAAAGUACCUUUUAGUUACAAAUUUGAUAUUUAAACAUUUAUUUAUUUUAUUCUUAACCUGUAGGUCCUUGCCUUAAAGUUGCAAAAAAAGAUUGUUGAUAUAAUAAUAUGAAUACAAGAAAAGAUUCUGAAUUAACUGACACUUACAGACACAUGAAAGACUCAUGUUUUUCUUAAACUUAAAUAUGCUAUAAUAUUUGUCAUUAUUUUAAAGCUGUGCUGCUGUGAUAGACUGCAGAAGCCCAGGAGAAAAUGUAAAGAAAUGGAAAUUUGAUGGUGAGGUGGAAAGAGCCAUCUGGAAUCACUUUUCACCUUUUAACUUUUUGGUAAUAUUUAUUUAUUGAAGAAAUUGUCUCACAAAGCUUUUGAUAUAAUCACGAAAGGUUCAGAUUUAUUUGUGAAAAAAACAGUUUGGAAACAAUUUUAUUUAAGAAUUUCAGCCUUUAAUUAUGAAAUAAAAAUUUCAAGAUAAAAUUUUAGUAAAUUGAGUUAGUUAACAUUCCUAAAAGCAUCAUUUCAUUUAUUCUGUUCAAGCAAAAAUAAGAAAUGACCAUACUAUUCAGCUAAAACCAGUUUUUUUAAUGAUUGAAAAUGUAAAAUUUAGGCCAGUACAGAUAAAGGCAUGCUUUAUGAAGUUGAUGUUCGACAGGAAAAACCAUUGUUUACACUUUCUGCUCACGAGGAAGCUGUCACAGGUAAAAAAUAAAUGACCCACUAAUUUUAUAUUUAUUGUUGUUCCUUACCCUCACCAAACAUUUGUAUUGAAACAUGGUUAUUAUAACUAUUUAAUCCAUUAAAACAGUGGUACAUAUUGAUCCUAGCUACCUACAAAUAAAGUAUAGAAAUCUAUGAUAAGAUUCUUUUAUUGAUCUAAACAAAGGGAAAUGUUUUUUGAUUGCAUUGUCCAUUUUCAGCACAUAAUUAAACAAUUUGAACAAAAAAAAAAUCUACAUUAAAUUAUUUCACUAGUGAAAAUAACAGCCAUUCAGUAAAUUCUCUUAGCCAUAUCAGGGUCUUAUUUAUUUCUAAAUUAAGAUUUGUGACUUCAGGGGGAGCACGCUGGUAUAUUUGUACAGAUUGGGGAGUAAAAGAAUUUUUAUAUCUUUCAGUCCUCUCCCCGAUAGAAAGAAUUCGCCCCGAAUGGGCCGAUCCAAAGUGUUGUGGAAGAUAAAUUUUUACAGAACUGUGAGAAACCAGAGCAUUUAUCUAUCAUCCUUAAUUUGGGGAACAUAAUUCUACAUUUCAGGUAUGAGCUUAAGCUCACAGAUCCCAGGUUUAUUGGUAACGACAUCACCAGAUAAGCACCUUAAAGUCUGGGAUAUCAAGGAUAGUAAGCCAUCGCUUGUUCUCAGUCGCAAUCUGAAAAUGGUAGGAAAUGUUUUUUUUUAACAAUCUGUAAUCAUUGUUACAAAAUCGUAAAGGAUGAAAUUUUGACAUGCUAUGCUAUAAAAUAUUCACAUGUCCUAACAUUAUAAACAAUUUUUUAAUAAAAUAUUUUAAAAACUUUUUUCUAUAUUCUUUUGCUAGGACAUUAUUCACUGUGUGUCUUGCAACCCUGAUCAUCCUUUUGUGUUUGGUAUUGGUGCUAAUAAGGAUUUCAAAGUAUGGGAUAUCCGUGAGAGUGCUGCAGGUAAGUGGUAAACAUCAGGCUUUCGUAAAAACUAGACUAUUAGAGUAACUGCCUUUUUAGUAACUUCAAUUGAAAUUUAACGGUUACUUUCCUUAAUUCCUCAAUCAGUAAAAUAAAAUUAGGUACCAUUUCAAGUUAUAUAUGAAACAUUAUAAUUAUUGGUUGUAACUAGAUUUUUAACUAUUAAAUUCUUGCAUUGGUAAUCAGGAUUAAUCCUUUCCAACUCUGAACUAUUUAAUUUUCAAAAUUAUUUUUUUAAAAUCUAUAGUUUUGAUGAUCUGGUAUUUUUUUUAGUGAGACGUCACUUUUUGGAUCGGAUGCCUGCCCCACUAGCUGAUGAAUGUGCUGCUGAUGAUGAGGAUCUUCCAGAAGAUUCUGCAGCUGAUGGCAUAGCCAACCUAAACAUGGAAGAUGCUGAAGACGCUGCAGAGGAAGAAGAAAUGCUUGCAGGGGACAGAGGUAGUAAGAAAUCGGCCAAGUCUACUGCAGAUGUUGAUGGACAAGGGAAAAAGAAAAAGAAAAAAAGAAAGAAGAAGAAGAAAAAUGCUAUUUCCUUGUAAUAAAGCUGUACAAAGACUCAA